AUGUCGGUGGCUUCGGUUCAGCCAGUAGCGGCUCAGCCAGUGAGUCAGAUCGCAGCAGUGCAGCCGUUGGAGACCGGACAGAUCACAGGGACCUUGUUAGUGGGCGGUUUUGAGUCCCACGUUUUAUUCGACUCUGGAGCAUCGAAUUGCUUCAUUACACCGGAGCGUGCCGAGAAGAGUGGCAUCCGGAGUAGCGCGGGCGAGAGCGCGGGCAUGGUCAAGGUGGCGGGAGGUGGAUUCUUGUCUACUUUGGGCCGUGCUAGAGGAGUCGAGAUCGAGAUUGCGGGGCAGUCAAUGCCAGCAGACUUAGUCAUCAGUCCGGUGGAGCUGUAUGACGUUAUUCUCGGGAUGGACUGGUUGUCACACUACAGAGUUCAUCUGGAUUGCUACAGAGGUAGAGUGGUCUUCGAGCGAGAUGCAGGGAGGUUGGUUUAUCAGGGAGUGAGACCGACUUCCGGGAGUAUUGUGAUAUCUGCUAUUCAGGCCGAGCAGUUGUUAGUGCGGGGCUGUGAGGCGUAUCUGGCGACGAUUUCUAUGUCUGAGUCAGGAGCUGGAGUUGUUAUGGGAGAUAUUGAGGUUGUCCAGGAUUUUGAGGAUGUCUUUCAGUCACUGAAGGGAUUACCACCAUCUCGGUCUGAUCCUUUCACGAUUGAGUUAGAGCCGGGGACAGCACCGAUAUCGAAGACGCCUUACAGGAUGGCGCCAGCUGAGUUGGCAGAGCUGAAGAAGCAGAUAGAGGACCUUUUGUCUAAGGGGUUCAUUCGACCAAGUGUUUCACCGUGGGGAGCACCGGUGUUGUUUGUGAAGAAGAAGGAUGGCAGUUUCAGACUUUGUAUCGAUUACAGAGGUCUUAACCGAGUCACUGUGAAGAACAGGUACCCACUCCCGAGGAUUGAUGAGUUUGGAUCAAUCCCGAUAGAUGAGGCAGAUGUCAGGAAGACUGCUUUCAGGACGCGUUAUGGGCAUUUUGAGUUCGUGGUUAUGCCUUUCGGUUUGACUAACGCGCCGGCAGCCUUCAUGAGAUUGAUGAACGACGUGUUCAGGGAGUAUUUGGAUGUGUUCGUCAUCAUUUUCAUUGAUGAUAUUCUGGUAUACUCGAGGAGUCAGGAGGAGCAUGCGACUCACUUGAGGUUGGUUCUGGAGAAGCUUCGGGAGCAGAAGCUUUUCGCUAAGUUGAGCAAGUGCAGUUUCUGGCAGCGAGAGAUGGGAUUUCUUGGCCACAUUGUUUCUGCAGAGGGAGUUUCUGUGGAUCCGGCUAAGAUUGAGGCUAUCAGAGAUUGGCCUAGACCUAGUAGUGCCACCGAGAUCAGGAGUUUUCUGGGUUUGGCAGGAUACUACAGGAGGUUCGUCAAGGGGUUUGCUACCAUGGCGCAGCCGAUGACGAAGUUGACCGGGAAGGAUGUCCCUUUUGUUUGGUCAGCUGAGUGUGAGGAGAGCUUUAGUCAGCUCAAGGAGAUGUUGACUACUACACCAGUGUUGGCGUUACCCGAGCCAGGGAAGCCUUACAUGGUGUAUACAGAUGCUUCAGGCAUUGGUCUUGGUUGUGUGCUGAUGCAGGAGGGCAGAGUGAUAGCAUAUGCUUCGAGACAGUGGCAGGGCAGUGAGCGUAACCGUCCUACACAUGACUUAGAGUUGGGAGCAGUGAUCUUCGCGUUGAAGAUUUGGAGGUCUUACUUGCUAGGUGAGACAGUACAGGUCUUCACGGAUCACAAGAGUUUGCAGCAUAUCUUCACUCAGCCGAUGAUGAACGCGAGACAGACGCGCUGGGUUGAGUUCUUGGCGGACUAUCAGGUGAGCAUUAACUACCAUCCGGGCAAGGCUAACCUAGUGGCGGACGCGUUGAGUAGACGGAGGUAUGAUUCCGCAGUUGAGCGAGAUGUGGAGUCUCUAGUUGGCGAGAUCAGUACCUUGCGUUUGUGUGCCAUUUCGCAGGAGCCUUUGGGUUUAGAGGCAGUGGAUCAGGCGGAUCUACUUAGCAGGAUCAGAGUUGCUCAGCAGAGUGAUCAGAGUUUGCUAGAUGCGACGAGAGUGACUGGUUCUGAGUAUGAGGUCUCUGCGAAUGGGACUAUCUUGGUUCGUGGGCGAGUUUGUGUGCCUAAGGAUGUGGAGUUGAGACAUCAGAUUUUGGGAGAGGCUCACGCGAGCAAGUUUUCCAUUCAUCCGGGAGCGACCAAGAUGUACCAUGACCUCAAGAGGUACUAUCAUUGGGUCGGGAUGAAGAGGGAUGUAGCAGACUGGGUUGCGAAGUGCAACACUUGUGCCUUGGUGAAGGCAGAGCAUCAGGUUCCGGGUGGUCUUUUGCAGAGUUUACCCAUUCCAGAGUGGAAGUGGGACAGGAUUACGAUGGAUUUCGUGGUUGGACUACCUGUUUCGAGGACUUUCGAUGCUAUCUGGGUGAUUGUGGAUCGGUUGACUAAGUCCGCACAUUUCUUGGCCAUCAAGAAGACAGAUGGAGCUGCUGUCUUGGCUAGGAAGUUUGUGCGAGAGAUUGUGAGGCUGCAUGGAGUGCCAGCUAGUAUUGUGUCAGACCGUGAUCCCAGAUUCACUUCAGAGUUUUGGAGGGCGUUUCAGGCAGAGAUGGGCACUAAGGUGCAUUUGAGUACAGCUUAUCAUCCGCAGACAGAUGGUCAGUCAGAGAGGACUAUUCAGACUUUGGAGGAUUUGCUGAGGAUGUGUGUGUUGGAUUGGGGUGGCCAUUGGGCAGAUCACCUGAGCUUAGACACCCCUAUGCUGGACCCAAGUGGGGGAGCGCAGCAUGUAUGGAGCUACUUAUGUUCAGGAGACGACAGAGAAGGUCGUGUUGUGAGGCUGAACAUGAAGGAGGCUCAGGAUAGGCAGAAGAGUUAUGCAGAUAGACGCAGACGAGAGCUUGAGUUUCAGGUUGGAGAUAGAGUUUAUCUCAAGAUGGCUAUGUUGAGGGGUCCUAACAGAUCCAUAGCAGAGAACAAGCUGAGUCCGCGAUUUAUGGGUCCGUUUCCAGUAGUGGAGCGAGUUGGGCCAUUGGCUUACAGGCUGGAGUUGCCUGAGAUUAUGAAAGCCUUUCACAAGGUUUUUCAUGUGUCGAUGCUGAGGAAGUGUCUUCACCCUACAGAGGAGUUAGUGGCUAGGAUUCCAGAGGAUCUUCAGCCAGAUUUGACAGUGCCGGCAGUGCCUGUGAGGAUUUUAGAGAGGAGGGAAAAGGUUCUGAGGAACAAGAGGAUUCCCUUACUGAGGAUUUUGUGGGAUUGCAGUGGUUCUACAGAGGAGACUUGGGAGCCAGAGGCAAAGAUGAAGUUGAAGUUCAGGAAGUGGUUCGACAAGCAGGUCGAGGAGUGA